UGUGUGCAGUUUGAUUGCAGAGCCUGACUGUGGACGACGUGAGUGAUCGUAUGUGUGUGUGCGCGCUCAGGUGCUUUUAACAAAGAGCCCGCACAUACUGUGUGAAUGUGUCACUGCGUGUUGUGAUGUCAGACACCACCUUCCAUGGUUUGCACUUGUGAAAAAUAGAGAUAUUUAUUCGUCUGUGGCUGUUUUGCUAAAAACAGACACGGUGCAGCUCUGUCCUCGCGCUCUCUGUCUUGUCAGAUGUUGUUUAGUAGUGUUUAGUGAGCUAGUUUCAGCCUGAUAUACUUGAGACAAGAUGUCCACUGACUGCCAGAAGACCACUGCCAAGGCCAUCCCGUCGACCAGGAGGGUGACAGUCAACGACGCGGAGCACAUGCCCCACGACUACUCUACCACUCCCGGGGGAACCCUGUUUAGCACCACCCCGGGCGGUACCAGGAUCAUCUACGACCGAAGAUUCCUGCUGGAGUGUCGCGGCUCUCCAGUCGCCAGGACUCCUCCUCGAGGUCUGCCCAACAUUCCAGGGGUGACCAGUCCUCCCUCCAAAGUAGCCUGUGAGAAAGCCUCUCAUGGAGAACUACUGAACAACAACACCACUGCACCUGACAGCAGCAACACAGGUGAUGACGCACAGUUUGAAAUGGAUAUCUAGGUGAAGCUCGGAUGGGCAUUAACAUGUCGGACCAACAUGAUGCUGUGAAGAACAGUAAACGAGCACCUUCCCUUUUCCCCCGUCAUUCAUCCCACGACGAUACAGGUUUUGCCUUCUGUGUCCACAGUGUCCUCCAGUCUGUCCUCGUCAGUGUCAUUUAAUUGUCUGGCCCUGAUCGAAACUGUAACAAAGCUUUUUCUGCCUCUGAGUUUAAACCAUAAGACGAAAGUGUGCCUUCCUGUAGUGGCUAAAAGUUUGAAAUAACACCAGGAAGUACAGCCUCAUCCCUUAACUACUGAGAAGAUCCAAUUUUCUGAGUUUUUAAGCAUUCCAGAGAAGUCUGUCACUCCGAUGUGCUUUAUUUUCACAUAUUUGCGCCAUCACGGCUCUUUGAUUAUGUUAAAAUGACUCUAUAAGUUCCUGUAUGAGUUGGAUCAUUCUCUCAAUUGUCAUGCAGAGAAUGUAAGACAGGAAUUUUGUGAAUGAAAUUUUGAAGCAAAUUUUCUCACAGUUAUAAUAAAUAAAGCAAACACCAUCAAAACAAAUAAAA